AAUAUCAAAUUAAAUAUGCAAAUAUAUGUGCAGACGCCCAACCUGGCUCUUAUAAAUGUGGCUCCAGGAGUUCGGUCCUGUCCAACAGUCAUCACAGGAGCAUUUCCCAGAGCCCGAACAGUGACUUGUGGUAUCUUCAGCUUUUAUCAGAAGAGACAUGGGCUUCUUCAAAUUAUCUGCUGUCUUCUUGCUUGCACUCUUGCAGUGGGAGGUGCACAGUCAAGUCGAUUUGAAUUGUCCUCCGAACAGCUCUCCUGGAGUCAUUUCUGCAUGUGAAAGAAACUGCUCCAACUUAGCUAAACCUCCUCCAAAAUAUUGCAUUGAUAUUGGAAUAAUAACCUGUAAAUGUCAUGAAGGACUCCUGGCUCAGACCGGGACAGCUCGGGAAAAGGUACAGUGCGUCAAAGAAGAAGACUGCAAGGUCCCCUGUGGUCCCAACCAGCACUAUGAUGAUUGUGCAACCGGCUGUCCACUAACAUGUAAACAACCAUUUGGCCCUCUACCGUGUGACAAAAAAUGUUAUCGAAAAUGUGUCUGUAAUGAGGGAUAUGUUCUUUCUGGAGAUACAUGUGUGACACUAGAAGAAUGUAGAAGACAAUAGGCAAGUCAGAUCAUUCUGCAGCCAGUAUUUGGAAGUUUGCUCUGAAAAGCAAUGGGAUUUUAUGGUUAAAUGUAACAUGGAGAUGAAGCAGAGCUGAACGUGUUAUUAGCUGUUUAUUUCCUCCACUGUGAUAACACAGCAAAUUAACCUCUAGUCCUAUGGAAAAACCACAUGAAAAUAACAUCAGCAGUUAGCGAGUUGAGCUCUGCUAGAUUUCUAAAUGUCACAAUAAAUGUGUGCAAUAUUACAGAUUUCUGAUACAAUAUUACAAUAAAAUUAACUUAUAAGGAA